AUGGUUCGACCUCAAGAAACCCAGUCCGCCCCAGCCUCCCCAUCCUCCAGAUCGAGAUUCAGAUUCGAGUCGGCAACCACAAGCUUCGACGACCUUGAUCUACCUCCAACUUCCUCGACCUCGACCACAGAGCCUAUCUUCUGCUGUCCAAUUCAUUCUCAAACUCUCAAACAAGAUGGAUUCCAUGACUUCGUCCAAGAACAGUCUGGUUGCCCCCUUUUCGACGGCUCGGUUAGAUCGAUUGGGGCUGAUUGGGUGCACGUGAUUGCCGUUACUCCCACCUCCAAGCAUGCCAAUCCAAAUACCCUUAAGAAGCAGACUCGUUACUUUGCCAACCUAGAGAGCGUCAGCGAGUACCAAGAAAUCGAUUCGAUCCUCUACACCUACCUGCUCGAGACGAGCGAAUGGGACGAGACGACUACCAAAGACAGAUUCACCUGCCCCGUUCACCGCCAAACUUAUCAACUCGGCCGCCAAGACCGUCUAAUUGUCGAUGACAAGUCUUCUGAACUGCUAGAUAUCCUAGCUACGCCCGUUUUGUCGCCAAGUGCCAUCACAACCGAAGGAUAUGGCGAUUCUCGACCAGUUCUCUCCCCAAGCCGACUUUCUCUCGAGAAGCGAAGAUUCAUGAUCAGAAAGCUCAGCUACGGCCGGAAGGAUCAAAUACAGGAGAUCAUCAAGAAGGCUACUAUCCAGGACAAAGAUCAGGAGUUAAGAGAGAGCUGGCGUUUGUAUCGUGCUACAGAGCAAGAAAAGAAGAAGGCAAUGGAGGAGAAAUUGGACUUUGAAGUCAGAUAUUGCUUGGCUGGAAUGCGAAUGUUCUUCUUCGAUAGACGAGGAAAUUGA